UCUUCGAGGACAGCGAAGAGCCACUGGAGAAAAAUCAUUUGAGUUAUACAAGAAAGAUACAAAACAGAGAGGAACAGGCAAACAAAAUGCAGUGGAUAUGGGCAAUUUUGAUAGUAGUGUCAGUGUGUCUUCUGAUUGUGCACUUUCUGAAACAACUCUGGUUACACAGGAACUAUCCUCCAGGGCCUCUUCGGCUUCCUCUGAUUGGAGGCAUGUGGCGGGUAUUGCCAAACUUUUCUGAGGAUACUUUGAUUAAGCUGGCAAAGCAAUAUGGAAACAUUUAUACCAUAUGGACAGGGCCUGUGCCUACAAUGGUAUUUUCUGGAUUUGAAGCAGUGAAAGAAGGUGUGAUCAAACAUUUGGAAUACUUUGAUGAGCGACCAGUGGCUCCUUACUUUAAAGCUAUACGAAAUGAAAAGGGUAUUGCACUUGCAAACGGUCACACCUGGAAGCAGCAGAGGAAGUUUGGGCUAGUUACCCUGCGGAAGCUGGGACUGGGGAAGAAAGGCCUAGAGUACCAAAUACAAGAGGAGGCCCAUCAGCUUGUCAAGUCUUUUGAAAAUGAAAAGGGGCAACCUCUUGACCCUACAUUACCCAUCACUAAUUCCGUCACCAAUGUGGUCUGUGCUCUGACUUUUGGUCAGCGGUUUUCUAUUGAAGAUGAAGACUUCCUCAAGUUGAGAGAUGCCUUAUUUCAUUCCUUACGGUUUACAGCAACCUUCUUUCAUUUUCUGUACGAUUUCUUCCCAUGGCUCAUGAAACAUCUUCCAGGGCCUCACAAGGAGGCAAUCGCCUACAAUGAUUUUGUACGUUCCUUUGCAAACAAAGAGAUAGAAAUGCAUAGAAAACAUCAGGCCAUGCAUGAACCACAGGAUUUCAUCGAUUACUACCUACUUCAGAUGGAGAAAUGCAAGAACGAUCCCAGCUCUACCUACAAUACAGAGAACUUGUCCAAUUGCGUUUUAGACCUUUUUGCUGCAGGAACAGAAACAACCACCAGCACGCUUCUCUGGGCGCUAGUCCUCAUGGUGAAUCAUCCAGAUAUCCAAGAAAAAGUCCAGAAGGAGAUAGACGAUGUUUUGGGUUCCUCUCAAUCAUUCUCCUACCAAGAUCGGAAGAAUCUUCCCUAUACCAAUGCUGUGAUUCAUGAGAUCCAGCGUUCAAAAUAUAACUUAUUGUUUGGCAUCCCAAGACAAUGUGCAAAGGAUGUGAAGAUUAUGGGAUUUCUUAUCCCUAAGGGGGCCACUGUAAUUCCCGAUUUCCGCUCCGUUCUUCUUGAUCCCAAGCGAUGGGAAACCCCUCGAGAGUUCAACCCAAACCAUUUUUUGGACAAGAAUGGAAGUUUUGUGGAGAGAGAAGAAUUUCUUCCAUUUGGAGCAGGGGCCCGUAUAUGUCUUGGGGAGCAGCUGGCAAAAAUCGAACUCUUCAUCUUCUUUACCAACCUGCUGAGGGCAUUCACCUUUCAGCCACCAGAAGGACUGAAAAAAAUCAAUGAAGACCCUGUAGUACGAUUGGUUACCCCUCCCCAGCCUUAUAAGAUCUGUGCUGUUCCCCGCAGUAGUGGAUCAUAAGCCACAACCAUCUUUACAGAAGCUUAUUCAUUGGUAUCCAUUUGAUCCUCAUUCAUCCUUUCUGGCGUCCAUCCAUGCUGUCCUUUAAUUUCCUCAUUUGUUUAGAGCUGUUUAGAACAGAAAUUCAGACAGAUCUCUACUGUUGUUCAUUGCAUCCAUAUUGUCAACUAAUAUAUGCAAUAUAGUUUUCUGAUUCUGCAGAAAAGCUUGUUAUAGAAUGCUUAUCCUGUACAAAACUGAAAACUUAUAUUUUUAUUGUAUCGAUGAGCCUUCCUUGGUAAUCUUUAUCAGUGCUUUGUGCAGUCUGUAUUCUUUUAGAAGUGACAAAUCUGAUUUUGAAACUAUUAUUAAAACUAUUAUUAAAACUA